AACAUGCAUCUAGUAAAAUCGGACGGCUCAUAUAAACCCUAUCGUCCUCUAUAUUAGGCUAUCAAAAACUUUCAGAAACCCUUCUCUCAUAUCUUUGCGCCUCCAUUUCACUCUCCUUCUCUUCUCUCUUCACCGACUAUUUCUCUCUGCGAAGAUGGUUUUGCAAAACGAUAUCGACUUGUUGAACCCACCGGCUGAGCUUGAGAAGAAGAAGCACAAACUCAAGCGUCUUGUGCAAUCUCCAAACUCUUUCUUCAUGGAUGUUAAGUGCCAGGGAUGCUUCAAUAUUACCACCGUCUUCAGCCAUUCCCAAACCGUUGUGGUGUGUGGGAAUUGCCAAACAGUUUUGUGCCAGCCCACAGGAGGUCGUGCCAGACUUACCGAGGGUUGUUCAUUCAGGAGAAAGGGAGAUUAAACUAUCACUCUGAGAAUUUUUGUUUCCAAAAAGAGUACGUGGCUAGCUAUUUGUUGGUGUCGUGAACAUCCUUUUUGUCACUCAAAAUUCUCUUAUGUUAAUUAUGUUUUUCAAGUGCUCGAAAUGGCCCAAGAACUUCAUUUGAUCAGUUAGCAGUAGUUUUAUGGUCUGAAUUAAUUUUGUUUUAAAAGAUUAUGAUCUUGCUGUUGGUUUUGGGUGGCAUUUUGGUUGUAUUGACUAGCAAAUUUUGUGAUGCCAACAUUUUCUUAUUUGCAAUUCUAAUAUAAGGACCGAGUUCAUUUUCUUA